GCUGCAUCAAGCCCUGUGCUUCAACUGGCUCGGGCCUGUGUCCUGCUUGUCGCUGGCAGCUUGAACUGCGUGGAAUGGAGCCUCCUGCCACCAGCGACUGAGGAGGUAGUUGCACAGGCAGAGCAGCUGAAGGGCCGCUUCCAGGGGGAUCCUUCUUUUGAGUAUGAAUACACUGAGAUAAACGCAGAAGAUGCUGAAAGAUUGUUUGAAGAUGGUAAGGAGCUCAUGAUCAAGGAGGAGACCCGCCUCGUAGCUACGAUAGAACAGAUAGACAGAGCAGUUGGUAUCAUCCCCCGGGGGGCAUUUGUGAAGACUCCUCUUGGGUCUGUGCAUGAAAACAGAAACUUUGAAGGUCUUUCUUUGACAGAGGCAAAAAAGUUAAGUUCCUAUUUCCAUUUUACUGAGCCUGUUAAUCUGAAGAAUAAAACCCUGCUGGAAAAAGCUCUCCUGGACCCAUCCACUGACUUUCUAGACUCUCUGGAGCAUGAUAUCCCACAAGGCUCCUGGACUGUUCAGCUAGAGAAGGGAGGCACUGUGGUGGUGCUGCGGAGCCUGCUGUGGCUGGGACUGACAUUCUACCAUGUUCCAAUGACCAAGCAAUACGGCUACGUCUACUUUGGCACUGGUGAGAAGAACUUAGAUCUGCCCUUCAUGCUGUGACUCUCCUGUUUGGGACGAGGACUCGAGAACAUUUAGAUCUUAUACUUUGGAGAUUUUUGAUUACUGCUUGUUCUAAUAAAUACGUGAAACCUC